AUGGCAUCAAGACUCACUGAAGCUGAAAAAGGAAAACAACACGUAAGAAGCGAGCAAACUGGAAAAAUUAGAAGAAUCAAAGCUCCUAGUGUUGAUAACUCAGUCCUCAUCAAAGAAAAUGCUCUGACGCUUAUUGGAAGACUUACCAACCCCCAGGAGCAGAAGAUAUGGGCUCUCAUCCCAGCUCUUCCACGCAAGUGGAUCCUGAAAGGAAAAGUGACAGGGUCAGAUCUAGGAAACAGUUGUUUUCAGUUUCGCUUCGAGCUAGAGGAAGACCUAAGAAGGGUACUUGACAACAGACCAUACCAUUUUGCCUAUUGGAUGGUCAUACUCCAACGUUGGGAACCGGUCAUCUCAAACACCUUCCCCUCUCAGAUCCCGUUAUGGAUCAAAAUCAAAGGUCUGCCACUUCACUUCUGGCAUGAUGAUAUGGUGGUCAGAGUAGGCCAAGAUCUGGGGUUUUUAGAAAACCACGAGCUAACUAAGACAACAGCGAGAGUUCGAGUUCACAUUGAUGGUUUAAAACCUCUUAUCAAAGAAGCAAUUGUUGAAUUUGAUACAGGGGAGGAAAGCCUAAUUACCUUAGAGUAUGAGAAGCUGGAACUACACUGCUCUGUCUGUGCCUCGCUGCUACACACUAGAAGACUUUGUCCCAUGAGAGCAGACGAUGAGAGACGCAGCCCACAAUACUCAAGACCCUCUCCAGACGAACGCAUCCUCAUCUCUACAGGAGCAACAACUCAUAAGGAUGAAUCCAAAGAUUUUAAGGAGAAGGAAAAGGAAACCUACCAUCAACCUAACUUUAAGGCAAGAGUGGAUAGACAUGGAAAUCCCUACGAUGAGCGUGUUAGUACCAAACAGACACGAGUCCCCCCACCGAUUAACGUCACAAGGGGUAGGGAUUCAGACAGCCAAAACUGGAGGGCUAACUCAGCACAGGACGAUACAGUAUACUCUUCCCCACAGUAUACUCAGAAGAGGCAGGCGUCGGUAAGAGUCCCACAGAGAGGAAAAGAUCUGUUCCCUCAGAAAACUCAGGAGAUAUGGCGGCCUAAACUAGUUCCAGCUCCAGAAGAUCCAACUAACCAUGCGCAAAAACUCAGAGCAGCAGCUAAACAGAGUAUUAUUAUCCCACAACAAUGCGAGGAGCCUCGAGUACAAACAAUGGAUGAAGUCUUAGAAGACUUACAUCAAACAACAAGGCAGUAUCUAAGCUGUUCAGAUCCUGUUGAAGCAGCUGCACGCAAGCAAAGAGUGAUGCUGAGUGAUGCUAGAGGUGAUAUGGAGAAGACAGCGGCUACAAUAUUGGCCGGUGAGGUGAGCCGUCGUCAAAGUACUUUUCAGCAGAAUGGGCUGGAUAGUAACCCAGUUACUCCCCCACCACUACAGAACUACUCCAUACACGAACCUCUUCUACUGGAACCCGCAAACUCCUACAGCCCUCAAAUAAGGGAGGAUGAUGAUACUGGUCUGGACCCACAUUUCAGAGAUGCUGACUUAACUCCAAAAAAGACAAAUGGAGGCCCUGCAAAAUUGAAAUCCAUCAUCGUUAGCCCUCCAUCACCUCAAGUUGAGGAUCAGCAACCAUCACAGGAACUACAACAAGCUACUGAGAAAGAGGAAACGCUUUUAGAGUUCCAAAAUAAAGUCAAGAGAAACUCCACGAAGAGUAAACAAGUACGUUCUCCAAGAGCUAGUCCUAACAUCCUCCGUGGAGCAAGUUCAAAGAAAAGAAAACUCUCUCAACUACAGAACUCACCAGCAAGGGGAGGAGAACCCUCAAGAGGCACCACUACAGGGAAGAAAACCAAACCCACGAUUUCAAAGAAAAACGCAGGGACUUCCCAACAGCCUUCAAACCCACCAAUUCGAUUGAUUCCAGCAGUGACUAAGAAGAAAUCGGAUUUUCGGGUUCCUCCACCCCGGGCUCCUUAG